UACACUUGGUCUCCCUCUUUGUCUCUCUCAUUUCGCCUCCUUCGGAGAAGAACAAGAAAUCUAAAAGGCCCCUUUUUGAGUUUUGAGAUUUGCAAAAGCAUGGAGAGAAAAGAUCUUGAUUACGUUUUGGUCCCAGCAGGGCUCCUAGUCAUGGUGGGAUACCAUAUCUGGCUCCUCUACCGUAUCAAGUCCCAACCAAGCAGCACCAUCAUCGGCAUCAAUUGCAUCAAUCGCCGUUUCUGGGUCCACGCCAUGAUGGAGGACACAUCGAAAAAUGGCGUUCUGGCGGUGCAGACGCUCCGAAACAACAUAAUGGCGUCGACCCUUUUGGCCUCGACGGCGAUCAUGCUCAGCUCCCUCAUUGCUGUGCUGAUGAGCAGUGCAAACAAGGAUCGAACGGCGUCGGCUUUCGUCUUCGGGGACACAAGCCAGUUGGGAUUCUCGAUCAAGUACUUUGCCAUUUUGGUGUGUUUCUUGUUGGCCUUCUUGUUCAACGUGCAGUCCAUAAGGUACUACAGCCAUGCCAGUAUUCUGAUCAACGCGCCCUUCAGGCAGAUGUCACCCCAUCUCAAGCAUCACAAUUUGACUACAGACUAUGUGGCCAACACUGUGAACAGAGGCAGCUAUUUCUGGUCUUUGGGUCUCCGAGCUUGCUACUUCUCCUUCCCUCUGUUCUUGUGGAUCUUUGGCCCCAUUCCUAUGUUCUUGUCCUGCUUUGUUUUGGUUGUCAUGCUCUAUUUCCUUGACGUCACUUUCCAAUUUGGGUGGGUUGCUGGGGUUGAUGAUGAGGAACAAAGCAUCAUCACUACCAGGGAUGAAGAACAAGCGGCGGUGUAAAGCUCUAGCUAGCUAGCUUGUUAAUAUUUCCAUUACAAUAUAGUAUGUGAUGUUAUUAGCCUUAUAGCGUCAAGAAUUAGCUACUAGUGAAGAAGUAAAGAGGUGGCUAGCUGUUCAGGUUCAAUACACAGUUGAAUUGAAUUGCAAAGACCUUCUAUGAAAAUAAAAGCUACUUGCUACUUCGUAUGCAAUAGGAUCUUGAGUCUUUGUAGUGAAUCCUUCUUGCCUUAUUU